UAGACUUUGUACUCUGGUCGAAACGCACGUGCAACAACGGCGGAGCGGAGCAGAGCACGACGGUCCCCGUGAAAAAUAAUUUCCUGUAUUUGUGCGGUUGUGUUGGAGGAAAGGUGUGAGAGUGCAGGGUUGGUUGUAAAAUUGUAAAAAUAAUGGCUCUCGGCUCGCAGGUGGAGACGACCGGUGAUAACGGGACAGAAAAGAUUCCGAUAGUGAAUGGGAACGUGAAGGAGGAAUCGACCGCGAAGGAAAUAAUCAAGAACGGAGAGAGCAGCGGGACCGGCGCGACUGAGAACGUUGUCGAAAAGGGCGAAGUCGAAGCUACGAAAGAAGGCGAGAAGGAAAAGUCCUCGCGAGACUGCAGCAGCAGCAGCAACGGAAGCGAGGCCGGCAAAGAUGAGAAGAGCGAAAAACCCGGUGAGAAGGAAAAGGAUGGAGGAAACGAACAGGAAGUCGUCUUCAUCCAGGACAUGGGAUUCACCGUGAAAAUUGUCAGUCCGGGUAACGAACCCUUCGACAUUCAAGUAUCCAGCAUGGAGCUUGUCCAAGAGAUCCACCAGCUCCUCAUGGAUCGCGAGGAUACCUGCCACAGGACAUGUUUCUCCCUUCAGCUGGACGGUAACACUCUCGAUAACUUUGCAGAGUUGAAAAAUAUCGAGGGUCUGAAAGAGGGAUCGGUCAUAAAGGUCGUCGAGGAACCUUACACUAUGCGCGAAGCCCGGAUUCACGUCAGACACGUUAGGGAUCUCCUGAAAUCCGUCGAUCCGGGCGACGCUUACAACGGCGUCGAGUGCAGCAGUCUAGCCUUUCUCAACGUCGUGACUAACGGUGAUAUCAUGGAGAAGAAAAAGGCCCGGCCCGAUUCCGUCGACUGCACUCCACCAGACUACAUCAUACCGGGCAGCAAAGACAGGCCCUUGCUACCCUUGCAACCUCAGGCCAAGGAGCAGCGGUGUCCGCCUUGUUUGAAAGUGUUGACCACUUCCGGUUGGAACCCGCCUCCUGGAUACAGAAAACUUCACGGCGAUUUGAUGUAUCUGCACAUAGUUACCCUGGAGGACAAACAGUACCAUCUCACCGCCUGCGCUCGUGGAUUUUUUGUCAACCAGUCCUCGAAGGAGUCUUUUAAUCCAAAGCCUGCAACCCCCAGUCACCUGUGUCACAGUCUUAUAGAGCUCUUGAAUCAGCUGAGCCCGGCGUUUAAGAGAGGCUUCGCCGCGAUGCAGAGACGCAGAACACAGAGACAUCCCUUUGAGAGGGUUGCCACUCCCUAUCAACUCUAUGCAUGGAGCGCUCCGCAAAUUGAACACACGAUCGAUGCGAUACGUGCGGAAGACACAUUCUCCUCCAAAUUGGGCUACGAGGAACAUAUUCCUGGCCAGACCAGAGACUGGAACGAAGAACUGCAAACCACACGCGAAUUGCCGCGAAAAAAUCUUCCCGAGAGACUUCUUCGUGAGCGGGCAAUUUUCAAAGUACACAGCGAUUUUGUCGCCGCAGCAACGCGUGGGGCUGUAGCCGUGAUUGACGGAAACGUGAUGGCCAUAAAUCCAGGAGAAGAAGCGAAAAUGCAAAUGUUCAUUUGGAACAAUAUAUUCUUCUCCCUGGGAUUCGAUGUCAGGGAUCACUAUAAGGAACUAGGCGGUGACGCUGCCGCCUUUGUAGCGCCUCGCAACGAUCUUCAAGGUGUCAGGGUCUAUGCCGCUGUAGAUUUGCCUGGUUUAUACACACUUGGAACUGUCGUCAUAGAUUAUAGAGGAUAUCGCGUCACUGCUCAGUCUAUUAUUCCCGGAAUUUUGGAACGGGAGCAGGAACAAUCCGUGGUUUACGGAUCGAUCGACUUUGGAAAAUCAGUUCUCACCCACCCAAAGUAUCUAGAAUUGUUGAACAAGGCUGGACAGCAGUUGAAAAUUCUACCGCACAAAGUAGUAAACGACGCGGGUGAAGAGAUAGAGCUUUGCAGUAGCGUGGAGUGCAAGGGAAUCAUCGGCAACGACUCGCGACAUUACGUUCUUGACUUGCUGCGGACUUUUCCGCCAGAUGUGAAUUUCCUCAAACUUGAAGGUGUUGAACUAAGCAAGGAAGCCAGAGCCCUCGGUUUUCCCGUCGAACAUAAACACCGGCUGGCUUGCCUCCGCCAAGAGCUAAUCGACUCCUUUGUCGAGGCGAGAUACGUCCAGUUUAUCAAGCAUGCUGCCGUUCAUCUCCAAGAGCUGACGUCGGCGCGAAGAUCCCACAAGGACAAAGAAUCGAGUUCGAAGGAGGACAAGAAGGAGGAGCCAGCGAUUCCUGCAAUCGAUAGCAACAAGGAGGACUCAGCACAAUCAAGCAUUGAGGCAGAUGAAGCGAAGAAAAUAGUCGAGAGCAUUACCGAUUCUAUAACCGGAGGAGAAAAGCAGGAGCUUGAAGAAAGCACAAAGGAAAUCGUUCGCCGAGCAGCCGCGGCAGUCGGCAGUCUCCGCGACGCGGAAUUUGAUGUGAGGUUCAACCCUGACGUAUACUCUCCAGGGGUGAAGCACCCCGACGACAACGGUGACGCCCUCAUAAAACAGAGACAGCUAGUCAGGGACGCUGCUGAUUUUCUGCUCACAGUACAGCUACCAACCUUUAUUCGCGAAUGUUUGGAUCACACCGCGGCAGCUAUGGACGGUAAUACUCUGGUGGAAGCUCUACAUGGCCGCGGAAUCAACGUCCGUUAUCUUGGAAAGCUCGCAGCUAUGUUGGCAGCCGUUCCUCAACUCAAAUACCUGAACCGAAUUGCGGUUUCCGAGCUCGUCCUGCGCUCGGCAAAGCACAUCUUUACGUCGUACAUGCAGGGUACUGAGCUAAUGUGUCUCUCUGCAGCCAUAAGCCACUUCCUCAACUGCCUAUUUUCAUCCGCUCAAUUGACACAUCCACAGCAGAGUGUAGAAGAGUUGCAGAGCAAGACAGCGAAGCGACGCAACAAACGGAAGGGUAGAGCCAACGGGCCACAGCAAUCAGAGGUCGAAUGGGCAUCGUUGACACCAAAAUCGCUCUGGGCUCAAAUUAAGGCAGACUUGAAGGCAUACUACGACUGGGAAACACCAGCCUCCGACUCCCUAGAUGCCACAAUUGAACACUACCAUUUACAGAAGAUCUCUUUGCUCAGAGGUUUUUGCGUUAAAACUGGAAUACAGAUCCUGCUCAGAGAGUACAAUUUUGAGAAUAAAAACCGUGCCACGUUCUUUGAAGAAGACAUUCUCAACAUCUUUCCAGUUGUAAAGCACAUCAAUCCUAGGGCUAGUGAUGCGUACAAUUUCUACACGACGGGACAAAGCAAAAUUCAACAAGGAUACCUAAAAGACGGGUAUGAACUGAUAAGCGAGGCUCUGAAUUUACUCAACAAUGUCUAUGGUGCAAUGCACCCAGAGAUUGCUCAAUGCUUAAGAAUGCUGGCAAGACUGAAUUAUAUAAUGGGAGAUCAUGCAGAGGCUCUUUCAACACAGCAGAAGGCAGUCCUUAUGUCGGAGAGAGUGAACGGCAUCGAUCAUCCAUAUACCAUUACCGAAUACAUUCAUCUCGCACUCUACUCAUUCGCAAAUGGCCAAGUUUCUGUUUCUCUAAGACUUUUGUACAGAGCCCGUUACCUAGCCUUGAUCGUAUGCGGCGAAGAUCACCCGGAAGUUGCACUCCUCGAUAGUAAUAUUUCUCUGAUAUUACAUGCUGUGGGAGAGUAUGAACUCUCUUUACGCUUCCUAGAGCAUGCGUUGGCUUUGAACCUGCGCUAUCACGGUCCACGUUCCCUGAAAGUUGCUGUUUCUUAUCAUUUGGUAGCGAGAACUCAAUCCUGCAUGGGUGAUUUUCGUGCAGCAUUAAAUAAUGAAAAAGAAACGUACGCUAUCUACAAACAGCAGCUGGGAGAGGAGCAUGAAAAAACUAAGGAAAGCAGCGAUUGCCUCAGGCAUUUGACGCAGCAGGCAGUGGUGCUACAGAAAAAAAUGAAUGAAAUUUACACCGGUAAACCCGGUGUUAGUUUACCCCCAAUUCAGAUUCAGCCACCCAGCAUGGGCUCUGUACUCGACAUGCUGAACGUGAUAAACGGUAUAUUAUUUGUGCAAAUAAGUCAGCAGGACAUUGAGAACUUCAAAGCAGAGAUUGAAAAGCGUCAGAAGGAACAGACUCCAGAUGGGGAGGUCAAGAUGAUAGAGAUGAACGGUAAAAAUGAGGAAAAAACAACAGAAUCAAAUCAGAUCACGAAAAAAGCAGACUCAAACGACGUUGUAAACGAUGAAUCGAAGCAAUUAGUCGGUGCUACAGCGGAUCCUGUGGCAACGGAGAGCUGAGUUUAUUAAAUAAGCUAAAAUGGAGAUAGAGUCUGUUCAAAACUUCCUGUCUUAUUAUAUCUCAAAUAAUUAUUUGAAGCGAACGACGCGUCGGUAGGAUUGCAAGAAUUAAAUGCUGAGAUCUGGGUUCAGAAGUUCCCAGGUAUUGGAUAGUGAAGAAAAAGACAUUAAACUCGCGUUCGCCUGACCAUAAAGAGACCUCGGAAGUUUUUACAGCGAGAUGAAGGAAAAGGUGCAGCAAUUGAAUUAAUCUAUCUGCGACUUUUCAAAAAUAUUGACUUCGUGUAAAUAUAUGUUAUCGUCAAUUUUAACAUAUGAGCUGUUCAAGCACACGUACGUAUAAUCGCCGUGUGCAUGUUCCGAAUCUAGUUUCCACGGGCUUAAAGCAGUAACGUGUAAAAUAUUACUUUGCUGAUUCGCUGUUUGUGUAGAUAGUGAACAAGGUUCGGUCAAAUAUUAUAUAUACUUUGAUCUAUGAUACACGAGUAUAAAAGUAUGUACUUUUAAUCAGUACAUAAAACUGUUUUGAUUAAUACGUACCUGUGUGUUCACACAUACAGUAAUGUUUUCAUUAUUUCGAACUCGAAUCGCGUGAGUUUUCCAAGUGAAUUUCAAUUCGUCUGUUCGAUUUUUUAGAGUCUAAAGGAAUGAAAUGUUAGAACUAUCGUAAUAUUAAGCCAUUAGCUCGAGUCAGUUGCUUUUUAGUCCUUCGUUAUCACUACAGGGCAAUGAUUUAUACAUACAUGUAAUCGUAUAAGUCAUUAAAGAUGAAUCAUCAUGGGUCAUAGGUAAUCAUCGCUCAAACUACCUAUAGGAGAUUAAAUAUUUCUCGGUCGUUGCUAGCGUUUCUUUCUGUAGCUUUUAAACGGAACCAAAAAUGAAAAAGUGAUAUUGAUGAAUGUGAGAACGUAACUAAAUAACUACGUCAAUACAUCUUUUGCAGUCGUAGACAUUAUUUUGCAAUCAUUAAUUUUAGCUACGGCGUUUUAGAUACCGUAUUUCAAAGCUUAUUGCAAUAAUAAAAAGAUAAGAACUUUGAGACAAGCGAGAUGAGAAGUGGUGAUUUUUAGAGUAAUCAAAUAAUGUAGCAUGAAGUCUUCGAAUAUCAAAUAUUACGUAUAAAUGUAACUACAAUAUAUGACUAAGUAGCAUACUCGUAUAAAUUGAAAUAUACAUAUUCGAUUUCAAGUCAUGUGGUAAUCGUAGAACUUUUAAUGCUGUGGUUCAUUACUGUACUACUAUAUCGUUUGACUUUUCGUUUGUUGAUAAUCAUGAAUAAAAUAAAGGGAAGUUGCAUUGUUUGAAAAUACUACAAAGCUCUCCUAGAGCAUGCCACCAAUUAGCAAUUACUUAGUUACAUCAUUCUUGAGCUUUUCAAAUUUUUUCUGAAUUUGAAUUGAAAACUGGUCAUUUUUUUAUUAUACAAAUCAUUCGACAAGUAUCUCCAUAAAAUUGAACGUCAAAGUGAAUGUAAAAUACGCGUUUAAAUCAUCCGUCUUGAUCUAACAUGAAAUAAUCAAUUUCGUCGUGGAAAUUACGAAAAUGAAUCGUAUACAGCAGUUUGUAAUAUCACUACUUUAAUAUUUGAAGUAAUACAAGUACUGGGUUAGCAAAACAUAAAAAAUUGAGGUAUUUAUGUUUUUCGUUAGAAUAAUGCCAAAAUGGGAAGAAACUUUCUUCACUCGUUAAUUUGUUUUUGUUGGUUUUUUUUUUCUCUUAGUAUCUAGUGUAAUAUUAUUCUCGCACUCGUUAGGAAGAUUGAACAAUGAUAAAAAGUGUUAGUCGGUAAGGAUAAACAUUAAAUACCUGAUAUACAUAUAUUAUCUGUUAUGUAAUUUGGUAAAAAUCAUCACGUGAAUAAAACCAUUUUAUAUGAAA